UAUUGAACCGCUACAUUCAACAGAUGUUGCUCGCUAAAAGUGACGGACGAAGUGAGAGCUUAUAUUGCUUUGAUUCGACUCAACCACAUUCAUUAUGCUAGCUCGCCAGCUUGCUUGUUGUCGAACAUUAGCUAGCUAUAUCUCUAAUUUCAAACAAUGAAAGCUCUGCUUACCUGAAUGCUGUGACCUCAAGUAUCUGCGAAUAAGUUUCACGAAUUGCACAUCGCCAUCCUGAGGCUCACCUCAAUCUCAUCACCAAUUACCUGAAGAACCUGUCCCACAAACGGCCGACCUUCAUAUUUCACGAAGAUGAACUUCCCAUUCAGAUCAUUGUCAUCAUGAGCACUGGUCUGUGGCAGGUGUGAUUGGCACACAGCAUCAUGGAGGUGGGGUCAGUUGUUUUGGCUGACAUGGAGUUCAGAGGUGUGGAAUUUUCUGUAAAACUGGAACUUGAGGAGGACCUAUUAAUUGUGGAGAUUAUGGACUCUGUGACAGCUGACCAGUGGAGGGGGGAGUUUGAUCCUGCUUAUAUUGAAGACCUGACAUGCAAGACCGGGAAUUUCAAGCAGUUUCCAAUCUUCUGCAACAUGCUAGAGUCUGCUGUGAACAAGACCAGUGAGGCCGUAGCCCUUGACCUCUUGACAUAUGCUGACCUGGAACUUCUUCGUAACCGCAAGGCAGGUGUGGUUGGUAGGCCUCGCCUGCAGCCACAGUCUCCAGCCCUCAGUGCUAAGCGCUACCUCAUCCUCAUCUACACAGUGGAGUUUGACAGGAUACACUACCCGCUACCCCUGCCUUACCAGGGCAAACCAGAUCCAGCUGCCCUUCAGAGAGAGAUCCGAGCCCUGAGGGCUGAACUCUGUGCCUUGAGAUCUCAGGGGGGCCCCAAUAUUCUGGACCCUGAGACCCGCAAACUCCAUGCCGAGCUGGCUCUGGUCAAGGCAGAGAAGGAGGCUUUGGCAGAGGCUCUGGAGAGGAUGCAGGGAGGCAUGAGUGGGUGCAUUCCAGGCAAUGGGACACGGGGGCUUCGGGAUGUGGUUCGGGGGCUGGAGGAGCAGCUGCUGAGAGAGAGGGCCAAGAGCCAGCGCACUGCCAGCAAGAGAGGACAGGAACAGCGCCUCCUGCUAGAACAGUUGGACGAGAGAAAGGCAGCAGAACGAGCUCUGCGGAUCCGGGUGAAGAGUCUGACCAAUGAGCUGGCAGCACAACGCAAGGGCAGGAUGACCCCCCUGCUCUCUGAGCAGAGCAACUGCAGAGCGGAGGUGGAAAUUCAGAGAUCUGUGUCCAGGGAACGCAGCCUGGGCAGAGGGGGGUGUCGUGGCCGCUCAGGGUCUCGGGAGAGGUUGGAGGAGCACAGGGGUCGGGUGUCAAUGGAGCGGAGCAGGAGGGCAGAGUCUUCAGGGUCAUGUCCCCAAAUCCCCAGACCCUCCCCCUCUCCCACAGGGCCCCGUGCUCCACGAUUUGACCCCACAACCUACAUCCGGGACCGCCAGCGCCGACAGCGAGAGACCGACCUCAAAAAUCAACGGAAAGUGGGAAGGGACAUGUUGCCCUUGCCAACAGGUCAACAGAGGGGGCGGACCCGCUCCAGGGAGACGUGCCCUCAGCCAGCCAGGAAAGGCAGUGCAGGCCGAAGGAGAAGCUUGUCCCUAGAGAGUCGCAGGAGCAGGCACUCCUCUGACAGCUCAAUGGCUGAGUUUGAGGAACUGGCCAAGCCCCUCCCCUCCAGAGGAAGGAAACCUUCGUGGAGCAUCCAAGCUCUGCCCAGAAGCCAUUACCUUGCCAAGAAGCCCUUGUGCAGCACUCCGACUCACAGGACCCACGCUGCAGAAAAAGUGAGCCUAACAGACACAGGUGCUGACCUGUCUGAGAUCGACGCCCGGCUGCAGGCACUGCAGGAGUAUAUGAGGGACCUGGAUACCGGGCGCUAACCCUACACACUGGAACCUGCAGCACAAGAGCCUCAUAGGGCCCUGCAAAUAACCUGUGCAAAUACAGAUAAACUAGAUUUCACCUGAGCCCUGCAGGACUGGAGUAUUACCUUCUUCAAAUGUAUGAAGGUGAAGAAUGUGAUUUUCCCUGGUUAAUCUGGAAAUACCGAUUUUCGGACCCGGAAUGCCUCAACCAAAAGCAGAGAGACUUGAGUAUGUCAUGACUCAAAAGCACAAAGAAUGAAGACCUGCAUUCUGAAAUAUACUGACAGACUGUUCAGCAGCAAUCUGUCCUGCUAUAUACUUGUGCCCCCCACUGGCAUUUACCACUUGAGAAAUCUGAAUUUCCUGCUUAAUUACGAAUGCAAAGAUAUCUUGUAGGCUUUUGCUCAUAACGCAUGGUUCUGACACGUCACUGAACGGACAUUUAAUUUAUUCAGUCCAAUCGAUUUUGGAAACCAAGCUUUUUAACAUUUGUCUACUACAAUUGACUUUUGUUUGCAUUAAAUGACCAAAGGUUUGUGCAGAAAUGUUAUUUCUGAAUAAUUAUUUGAUGUUCUGCAAAACCAAUUUGGCCUCAUUCACAAAACAUUUCAAAGAAUUUCUAAAAAGCCCCAUAAUUGUGGCUUCAAAUCCAAUUUGCAUUGUUGGCAAAUCACCUGAUAGGUGCAAUAAGUCUACUGAAAGCAUCUUGUUUCACUUGUUUUACCAGCCAUCUCCCUACUACCCAAACCGCUGAUCUGGAUAACUGUUUUGGUGCCAUUGUAGCUAGCUAAAUAACUAACUCAGGCUCGCUUAGCAACACUGAAAAAUGGCCUCGGAAUCAAGGUAACUUUAUCUAAAAACCAACAAACAUUGUGUUAGGUAGCUGGGUACUUACCAUUAGGUGAUCACAUGUAUUAACUGCUGGAAUGGCAUGUCAAUACACGACGCCCCAUGGAGUACUGAGUAAAGUUUAGAAUGCUGUCCCUCUGGAAAUGCUCACUGCACAGAAUUGCUGUAUCUGGAUUGAAAGGAGCAGUCCGCUGCUUGCCAAUAAAAGUUUUGUGCUCUUGGGGAA